AUGGUUGCACUCAGAAGAAGGAGAGAAGAGCCCGAGGAUCAGUUUGAUUCCGGUUCAUCUUCAGAAUCCGAGGAGGUGGUUGUUUCGACCGAAAAGUCCAGAAGACCUGCUGAGAAUGCGUUUAGACAGCAGAGGUUGAAAGCCUACCAUCCGAUUCUCACACCCAAGACCAUCAUACCCCUGUUACUGGGGUUGGCCGUGAUCUUCAUCCCUCUGGGAGGAGGAAUGCUGUAUGGAUCGCGCCAAAUUGAAGAAAUGGUGAUCGAUUACACACAGUGUGAGAAUCUUGCCUCGUCUGACUAUUACUCGGAGAUUCCAGUUGAAUAUGUCAAAACGGAGUUUCACAAAAAUGCCUCUAUUAAUGCACAAUGGAAGUAUGCCACAGAUGAGUCGCAGACUUUUGAGGACGAAAGAGGACUUUGCAAGAUCCAGUUCACCACUCCUAAUGAUAUUGGUUCUCCGGUGUUUAUGUACUACAAGCUGAAAAACUUUUACGCCAACCACCGUCGUUAUGUGCAAUCUUUCAGCGAGGACCAACUGAAUGGAAAAGCCGCCAGCACCGACAAAAUUAAGAACAAUGCGGGUCAAAAUUGCAAGCCACUCUCAACAAAUCACGAGGGGAAGAAAUACUACCCAUGUGGCUUGAUUGCCAAUUCUCUGUUCAACGACACAUUUUCCAGUCCUUUGGCAAAGAACGGGACAUCCAAGGACUAUUCCAUGACCAAUGAGGGAAUCGCAUGGUCCUCGGACAAAGACAGGUUUAAGAAGACCAAGUACAACGUUUCCGAGAUCGUCCCUCCUCCCAACUGGUACAAGAAGUAUCCUAACGGAUACACUGAAGACAACUUGCCGGAUAUAUCAACUUGGGAAGAGCUACAAAACUGGAUGCAUCCUUCGGCUCUUCCUCUGUUUUCCAAGCUCGUGCUCAGAAAUGACGUUAGCGCAAUGCCCGCUGGAACCUACGAGGUCACCAUCGGAUUGCAUUUCCCCGUUACCGAUUAUAAUGGCCACAAGUACCUGUACAUCUCCACAAGAUCGGUCAUUGGAAGCAAAAACUCCUUUCUGGGAAUUGCGUGGAUCGUUGGAGGCGGAAUCUGUUUGAUACUGUCGAUGGUGUUCCUGAUUGUGAAUAUGGUUCAUCCGAGAAAGACCGGUGAUCUGAGCAUGUUGAGUUGGAAUAAGCAACCUGAAGAGCACCGAGACUAG